AUGUCGCUGGCUUCAUUUCGCUCCCGAGCCACAAAAAUCGUGUGCGUUGGCCGAAAUUACAAGGAUCACGCGAAAGAGCUCGGAAAUGCGAUUCCCACAAAACCAAUGCUUUUCUUGAAGUCGAGAAACGCAUUCCUCGCUGAAGGUGAACCUAUUAGAGCGCCACCUGGUUGUCAAAACUUGCACCAAGAAGUUGAGCUGGGUGUAAUUAUCGGGAGACAAGCCAAGAAUGUGCCAAAAUCCGAAGCGAUGAACUAUGUGGGCGGCUACACUGUAGCUUUGGACAUGACCGCCCGCGAUUUUCAAGAUGAGGCGAAGAAAGCUGGAGCUCCUUGGUUUUUGGCCAAGUCAUUCGAUGGAUCUUGCCCAGUGUCUGAAUUCAUUUCAAAAGAUUUAAUAGCUAAUCCUCACAAUGUCGAGCUCUUCUGUAGAAUCAAUGGAAAAGAUCAACAGCGUUGCAAGACCGACGUGAUGAUUUUCGACAUUCCAACGCUCAUUGAGUAUGCGACAAAGUUCGUUACGCUCGAAGCCGGCGACCUUCUCCUAACCGGAACGCCGGCCGGUGUUACCCGAAUUCAAGCCGGCGACGUCAUUGAGUUCGGCCUCACCGGAAUCACUAGCACGAAAUUCAACGUUGAAUAA